AAAACAAAAUAUUGCUUCUAAAUAAUAUUUGCUCAAAAUAAAAUAAAAACAGAAAAAUAAAAAAAAAGAUAGAAAACGUUUCAGUGUGUCUCCGACCAACAUUUGGAUCAGAUUAGGGCGUAAGACUAGUCGGAGAAAGAAGUCAUGGGAAGAAGAAAAGUGGAGAUCAAACGAAUUGAGAGCAAAAGCAGUCAACAAGUCACUUUCUGUAAACGCCGUAAUGGUCUCAUAGAGAAAGCUCGUCAGCUCUCAGUUCUUUGUGAAUCUUCAGUGGCCAUUCUAAUGGUUUCCUCCACAGGAAAACUCUAUAGCUCCUCCUCUGGCGAUAGCAUGGCCAAAAUCAUCGAGCGUUACGAGAUUCAACAUUCUAAUGAACAUAAAAACUUGGAUCUAGCAGAGAAAUUUCGGAAUUAUCUUUCACACAAGGAGUUACUAGAAAUAGUCCAGUGCAAGUGUGAAGAAGCUAAAGUCGAUGAUGCAAGUGUAGAGUCUCUAAAUUCCUUAGAAGAGCAGUUCAAGGCUGCUCUGUCUGUAACUAGAGCUAAAAAGACAGAACUAAUGAUGGAGUUUGUGAAAAAUCUUGAAGAAAAGGAGCAGCGGUUGAUACAAGAGAACCAGAUUUUGGCUCGCCAGCUAACAAAGAUGGAGAAGAAGAAGAGGCUUCCGGAAACAGAGGAUGAAGGAGCAAUGUCAUCGGAAAAUUGCUCCGGCAACAACCCACCAGAGACCCUCUCGCUUCUGAAGUAACAAUCAUCAUCAACGCCUGCGUUUGCACUAUAAAUCCUGAUUUUAAAUAAAACGAAAUCAAUGUAAAAAAGCAUAUAUGUAUCUUAAACAUCCUCUUCUUCACCUGAUCAUCCUCAUCUUUGUUGUUACCUUUGGAGACAUGAUCACAGUUUCAUAUGGUUUGUAUGUUCUUGUGUUAAACGAAUGACGUAUUGGAGUUUAUAGUAUAAGUUUUGAUUUCUUCAGCAGGAAGAACCCUAAUUAAAAGCCAAUUCAUUUUAUUUAUUUUUUGUUAUUUAGUUGCUAUUUGUUACUUUACCUUCGUGGCAGAGUGUGAGCAUAUCCUUAGUAACGAAAUUAC